UGUCAAUCCCUAGUUUACGCGGCUUCUUCAGAGUUACCUGUCACUAGGAUUUCAAUCCCAUAGCACUUUCUCAUGCACAAGAAAUUUAUAUGUUGAAUUCAACGAAUUCGGGAAGGCUAUGAUGUACUCCUUGUUUGAACUAAACCUUCCUUUUUUUUUUCUUUUGGCUUCUUUGAUGCGAGUUACAAUCUUCUCUAAUAACCAAAUCAUACAAGUAGUUAUUAAGAUAACUUUCUAUUGACAAAUUUGUUGCUUAUUACUCAUUUCGUCUCGAAAUGAUUGUCCGGUUUAAAUCCUAAUUUUAGUAUAAAAUAAAUUAAAAAUAUAAAUCAAAUUAGACAAUAAUUUUGAGAUUGUAUAGCUGUAGAACCAAUAUAAUAUUAGAUCAAUGCUGACCGCUGAGACGGAAAUAAAUCACUAAUAUUCUAUCGGAGAACUCAUAAGUCAGCAAAUUACCCAACUAAACAUUAUUGCUUUUCUCAGUCAGUCUGUAUCCUCCAAAUUUUAAUUAUAAAAUUGUAGCUCCAACUCAUUAUAAUCCAUGCUAAACCCAUAAUCAGUUCCUCACUCCUCCCUGUCGCCAUUUACUAUCCAUGGGGAAAAUCAUGCUGAAAGUCGCCACCCCGCCGCCGCCGCUCCUCCUCCUCGUCCUCCUCUUCACCGUUGCUUCAUCCUUCAAUGUGAGCUUAGGAAGCAAAGAAAUUGGCCGGAAGUUAGCGGAAGAGAGCCCAUUCACAGCCAAGGCUUCAUUCAUUCGUUACUGGAAAAAACAGGUUUCCACGAACCUGCCAAAAUCCUUUUUCCUCGACAAAGCCUCCCCAUUAGACGCCGUUCAAUUGGCCACAUUCUCCAAACUCGCCGAUCAAAACUCAUUGUCCAUCCGACUCCCUACUUUUUGCAAACAAGCAGAUCUCUUUUGCUUCCCCGAUGUGGGAACGAGUCUCGAAAAACACAGCCAAGAUGUGAAUUUCGCCGAGUAUAACCUCCAGAACUUCACCAAUUACGGCACCAACCGUCUCGGCGGCGUUGACUCUUUCAAGAACUACACCAACGACGACAACCUGCCCGUUGACACCUUCCGCCGGUACAGCCGCGAUUCGGUCGGCCACGACGAUAUGUUCACCAAUUAUGCUCUCGACUCCAAUGUCGUUGACCAGACCUUCAACACAUACGGCACAAAAGCCACCGGCGGAACCGGAAAGUUCAGCAAUUAUAACGAUGACACCAACAUCCCGGGUCUCACAUUCACUUCCUAUUCCGACAGCACCAACGGCAGAACUCAAGAUUUCAAAACAUACUCACAGAAUGCCAAUGUGGGAGACCAAACUUUUACCAGCUACGGUAAAAACGGGAACGCGGCCACAAACGAAUUCACCAGCUACGGUAACCAAUCCAACGUCAUGACUUCCAGUUUCAGCAAUUACGGCGAAACCGGCAACGGAGAAUCCGACAAUUUCACUUCCUACGCCGCGAACGGAAACGUCCCAACAAAUACAUUCAAGACUUACGCUCGUGAUGGGAAUGGUGAGACCCAAACAUUCACCAGUUACGGAUCUAACGGCAAUGUGCCGACGAACAAUUUCACAAGUUACGGUUCUGGAGGCAAUGGAAUUACUCAGAAUUUCGCCAAUUACCGUGAUCAAUCCAACGUCGGAGACGACAGCUUCCAAUCCUAUGCACAGGGGUCAAAUUCGCAGGCUCUGGGUUUCACUAAUUACGGUCAAUCAUUCAACGAAGGGAGUGACACAUUCAAAGGGUAUGCAAAGGACUCAACCGGUGAAACAACUGUAGAUUUCAAAACAUAUGGAGUCAAUAAUACUUUCAAAGACUAUGCCAAAACCGGGGUCACAUUCUCCGAUUAUCGAAACGGAACUGAUAGCCCAUUGGCUGCCAUGGCUACCAGCGCCGCCAAGAAGAUGAACAGCCGGUGGGUGGAGCCAGGUAAAUUCUUCAGGGAAAAGAUGUUGCAGACUGGGACGGUGAUGCCAAUGCCUGACAUCAGGGAUAAAAUGCCUAAAAGAUCAUUCCUGCCAAGAAGAAUUCUCUCGAAAUUACCGUUUUCCACCUCCAAGAUUGAUGAAUUGAAGAAGAUAUUCCAUGCUGCUGAUGAUUCUAGCAUGACCCGGAUGAUGACUAAUACAUUGAGUGAAUGCGAGAGAGCUCCCAGCCCGGGGGAAACCAAGCGGUGUGUCGGCAGUGCAGAGGACAUGGUUGACUUUGCAACCUCUGUUCUGGGCCGAAACGUCGUUGUUAGGAGCACUGAGAACACCCAAGGAUCAGGUAAAGAUAUCAUGAUUGGGACUGUGACAGGGAUCAACGGCGGGCAGGUGACCAAAUCGGUGUCUUGCCAUCAGAGUUUGUACCCGUACUUAGUGUAUUACUGCCACUCUGUUCCUAAAGUUCGGGUUUACGAAGCGGAUAUACUUGACCCAAAUUCCAAGGCCAAGCUUAAUCAUGGAGUAGCCAUCUGUCACGUUGAUACGUCGAGUUGGAGUCAGACUCAUGGAGCCUUCCUAGCUUUGGGUUCGGGUCCGGGUAAAAUUGAAGUUUGCCACUGGAUCUAUGAGAAUGAUAUGACCUGGACAACUUCUGAUUGAGAUUUUUGUCUUGCAAUUUCCUCUUCUUAUUUUUGCCCUCUCAAAUUACUGUAAAGUUGUGGUUCCUCUCCAUGAAGGAUUUGAUGGAUUAACCGGGUACGAAAGUGAAAGUUAACUCGGUUCGUGUCUUUAUAAUACGACAGUGUUUGUUUUGUUACAUGCCAUGAUCAUCUUUGCAUUCGUUAAACAAGAACCAGUUUGUAUUUUCAAUGUAAGUAGAGAUUCUAAGUACGGUUGACCAUGGAUGCAUGGGUUGAUCAUCUUAACUUUUGUUGGCUAACAACCUUACAUGAUAGGUUGUCUACAGUUAGCAAGCAUAUUAGUCAAUGUUACAUAUUGGUACAUAUUAGAAAAAAUAUUACUACAGUUGAUUACAUGUGUUGUGCCACUUGAAUAAAUUUC